GUGUCUCAGUGCAGAGCCAGCCUCCCCGUUGUAUCCUCCUCCUCCUCUCGCAGUCACUUCUCUCCAUCUGUUUUGAUGCAGCUCAUAACAGAUCGUCACAUUAUCCUCCCUUCAUCUGGAAACCGCAGCAGCCUUGGGAUUCAACCCAGCACCACACUCCUCUCAGUGCUGCACCUGGGAGGCAGCUGUACACAGCGCAUUACCUGACUGGACAUUUAAAGAAAACCCUCGGAGCCCUUUCUUCUUCUUCUUAGGUGCUCACUGGAAACACUUAGGGUUUUGAUUCAGCAGGAGCCUCUGCUCUGCUGCUUCAGCUCCUCCAGCUGCUGCGGGGAACUUGACGAGGAGCCAAGGUGCUUUUGCUCCUUUGAUUUCUCACCUGGAUGCUGAGGAGGUCAACAGGAUGGACCUCACUUACAUUUGUCUCCUCUUCACGGCUCUAAUGUUGAUCCAGCACAGCGAAGCCCUCUCUGUUUCGAGCUCUGUGCUGGCGGAGGGCCCCCCAGUGCAGCUCCCCCAUACGGCUCACUGGCGAGAGAAACGCUGCUCCUGCGAGAACCAGAAAGACAAAGAGUGCAUUUUUUUCUGUCACAUUGGCAUCGUCUGGAUCAACACCCCGAGCCAGCUGGUGCCUUACGGAUUCGGAUCGGUGCGAGUGAGGAGGGAGCUGAGCCGCUGCCACUGCACGGAUUCACAGGAUGCUGAGUGCAUGAAGUUCUGCAGCAUCCAGGAGAAACCAAGAGCUGAGAAUGCUCCUGUGAAGAGGAAGACGGACAAACAGCUGAGAGGAUACAAAGCUGCAUUCUGGGAAAAGAGGAGCAGACCUGCACUCAGACAGACCUGAGGAAGAGGAGGCCGACCAGUGACACCAGCCCCUCUGGAUGAAAGUCCUUGAUGUAUGAAUGAGAACAAAUGGACCCGGCAUGGACAUGUACAGUGUGUGUUUGUGUAAAUUUAAUGACAGUGGAGCGUUAGGACAGGAGUGCUGAUCACUUACAAGCUCAUCUUUCUAACAUUUAGCUGGCAUCCUGCCCUGCUCAGAAUCUUUAGAGCUGAGGGAGUUGACUUUUCUGUUACCGGAUGAUUGCAGCUUAUUUAUAGCACAGAAAGAUGGAGGACAUCUCCAUCCAGGCUGGACCAGAAACCGCUCCAGAGCGGCCAGUGUGUGUAAACCUCACAUCUCUGAAGUCGUCCAAAGUUUAGAGUUUUUUUUAAAUGAGUUUCAAAUAUGUCAUCCACAGAAGCUACAUAGGGUUUCUACCUCGGUAAAGGAGGUUAUGGGUCAUCUAAAGUAGAUUCAUUUGGUUGGUUUUUUUAACAGUCAAAUAUGAUCAUAAAAUCUCACGAGGGUUUCAGGCUGGGUCAAUCCGAGAAAACGAUGAAGCAAAACCCCGAGGCCAGUAGAAGAGAUAACUUCAAUUUCAGGUCAUUUAACACAAUGAAAUCACGUCAGAACAAAGUCGUCAUUUCAUUCGAUCAAACUGAACUAAGUGGUGAAUUUUUAUUAUUUAGAGAAAGACUUGACGAGCACAACAAAUCUGAUCAACCGUGAGUGUGCCGACCUCAGCAAUCUACGCCGCAAAAAAUGAGUUCAUGAGCUUGUUUCCAUGGAUACAUUGGUGAUAAAUUCUAAACUCCUUGCAGUUACUCGUACAAGACGUCAUCUGUGUUAGCAGUUCCUGUUUUUGCAGCUUUCAGCUUGAACAAUAGCUCUGGAUUAAAAGCUUUCAGACAAAAACACCAUAUUCACAGUGUUAUGACUCUGAGUUACAGCUUCCGUGGUUUAAUCAAAAAGUCAAAUGUUUUAAUCUGUAUAAACUUUA